AUCUAAUCAAAUCCUAUUCCAAAUAUCCCUUUCCUCUGCUUAGUGGUUUAGGGUUAAUCUUUCUACUCCGUUUUUGAGCUCAUUGUACCACUUUGUAUUGUUCAUCAUCAUUUCAUAUCCAUUCGGACAACGGAGAUUGAUGGGUGUGAUCGAUUUUUCAAACCCUUGCACCCGUAUCCUUCCUGCAGCUGAGGCAUCGCGUCGACCCAAUUGCUCAGUUGCUGGGCGAAGGAAGUGGGCUGUUGCUAUGACAUCUCAAAUUCCAGUAGAACAGGUUCAUGUGAGUCAACAAAGGUUGGCUGGUGAUUCUUUUAUCCGACCCCAUUUGAGGAAAUUGUCGCCUUAUCAGCCCAUUCUUCCUUUUGAGGUUUUGUCAACACGUCUUGGAAGGAAGCCCGAGGACAUUAUAAAAUUAGAUGCAAAUGAAAAUCCUUACGGUCCUCCCCCUGAGGUUCUUGAAGCCUUGGGAACAAUGAAAUUCCCAAACAUCUAUCCCGAUCCUGAAAGUCGUCGAUUGCGAGCAGCGCUCGCCAUAGAUUCCGGUCUCGAAUCAGAUUAUAUUCUUGUGGGAUGUGGUGCAGAUGAGCUUAUCGAUCUGAUUAUGCGAUGUGUGUUGGACCCUGGUGAUAAAAUUGUAGACUGCCCUCCUACCUUCACAAUGUAUGAAUUUGAUGCUGCUGUCAAUGGUGCUCUUGUGAUUAAAGUUCCAAGGAAGCCAGACUUUUCUUUGAAUGUGGAUCUCAUAAAAGAUGUUGUUGAGAAGGAAAAACCAAAGUGUAUAUUCCUCACGUCUCCUAAUAAUCCUGAUGGGAGUUUAAUUAAUGAUGAAGUUCUGUUGAAAAUUCUUGAGCUCCCCAUACUAGUUGUUCUAGAUGAAGCAUAUAUAGAUUUUUCUUCAGUUGAAUCAAAGAUGCAGUGGGUGAAGAAAUAUGACAAUCUGAUUGUACUUAGAACUUUUAGCAAAAGAGCAGGUUUAGCUGGACUUCGUGUCGGGUAUGGAGCGUUUCCGUUGAGUAUCAUUGAAUAUCUCUGGCGAGCUAAGCAACCAUAUAAUGUGUCUGUUGCUGCUGAAAUUGCUGGGUGUGCAGCGUUGCAGAACCCUUCCUACUUAGAGAAGGUAAAAAAUGAUUUGGUACAAGAACGUGAGAGGCUGUUUAAUCUUCUAAAGGAUGUGCCAUUUUUAAAUCCAUAUCCAAGUCACUCUAAUUUCAUCCUUUGCGAGGUGACUUCAGGAAAGGAUGCAAAGAAAUUGAAGGAGGACCUAGCAAAAAUGGGGGUGAUGAUUCGGCACUACGAUAAGAAAGAGUUAAAAGGCUAUGUUCGUGUUACCGCCGGGAAGCCCGAACACACCGAUGCUUUGAUGGACUGCCUUCGACGUUUAUCGUAAUUGGUCCCAUAUUUUGGGAAGCUUUAGAAUCCAAAGGGAUUUAAGGUUAACCUUACUUUGAUUAAAUUAACAUUGAUCAUGUUGGUUUUUCUAUUUGUAAUCAUUGAAGGAAAACCAGAACAUGGGACAUUGUUUCAUGGGAUUUACAAAUGUUUGAUCACACUGCCGAUUUUGUCUUUCCCUCA